AUGUAUGGGACCCCCCAGCGCGCACUCCGCCCGAGUCGUCCUCCCGCCGAGAAUUUCACUAACUCUGUUCCUCUGCAGACGUGUCGAAAUUCCCUACCUCGUAUCCCCGGCGGAAUUGAAUCCUUCUCGCCCUUUGUGAGCCCGAAAAGAACAAAUUCACCGGUACACGAUGGUGGACUCCCCCGUAUCCUUCGCCCGCGCCCGCGACGGCCCUUUGAGGUCGUACCCGCGUCGAACGAAUCGUCCGAGCCCCCUACGCCGAGCGAAGCCGCCAACCCCGACUUGCUGAAUCCCAACGCCCAGGACACGGGCUCGAACUCGACCAGUGUCAGUCGCACCGGCUCAAUCUUGAAUCUGACCUCCUCCACCCUCUACGGCAUCUAUUCCCCGACCGCAUUCGAUAGUCUGCGUGAUGAAUCCAGCCCCUGGGGCACAGAGGCCCAUACUCCAGCUGCAGAGCACCCGCCAGAGCCCUCGCAGCGGGAAGCAGUGAAAUCUGCGACAGAACCGCGUCAGUUUGCUCUACGACGGACACGCUCGCGACUGAGUCAGGGUCUGUUCCGUGGAGUGAUCCUGCCACAGGCCAUGAGCAGCGCUUUGCUCUUUGGCUUCGGCAUCGUCUACGGGGUCAUCACCGUUCACUUACACGAUAAUCACUGGAUCACUCCAGUCAAACUGGAAAAUGUCCACUAUUACGAUUCAUGGCAGUAUCUGGGAUUCUGGGGACUCGCGGGCAUAGCACUGGGAAAUCUUCUUCCCUUACUGGACACUUGGCGCGAGAAUGAAUUGAAGAAGGUUGAUGAAUCAAAGAACACAAACAAUGAGGAAGAGAAUAGGGAUCGUACUCCCUCGUGGGUGACUGUCGCCCGCAGUGUUGGAGCAUUUGUCGGCAUCGCCUUCGCCAUGCGACGACUUCCCUGGCAGUCUACCACGCAAGCCUCCUUGACCCUUGCUCUCGCGAACCCAGUCCUUUGGUAUCUAAUUGAUCGAACCUCGACGGGCUUCCUCCUUUCAACCACUGUUGGCCUCACCGGCAUGAGUGUGGUUUUGGGACUCAAGCCCGAAUUGAUCCCUACGUCCACUGGUCCGACAGUGGGCAGCACUUUGUUGAACGGCACUGGCUGGGAAAAUACACUGGGGGCAGGAAUCUCGCAGGAGAGCAUCGCGGUCCGCACCUGGGUCGCCAGCGUCAUUUUCUGCGCCUGCGUGUGUUUCGGCAAUAUUGGCCGUCAGCUCGCGAUCGGAGCUGGUAGCAGAGAUACCCUCAAGCCAUGA